AUGGCUUCCGCCGGGGCCCUCCUGCUGCUCGCCUACACGGGCCUGCUGGCCGCCGCCGCCGGCCUCGGGUCCCGGGACCCGGGGGCGCCCGCGGGGAGCCGCUCGCGCCAGGAGCCGCUGCCCGGGAAGGAGCCGCCCGCGGGCGCCCUGGAGAGCCUCGCGAGGCGCGACACCGGCCCGCCGGAGCUCACCGCCCAGCCAGCACUCAGCCUGAACCCCCGGGACACCUGGCUGUGGUUCCUCAGGCACAGCGACAAGGAGGACAGGGGCAAAGACAGGAAGCUGAAGCUCGGCCUGCCCCGGCCCCCAGGGCCCCGCGACCCCCAGAGCCCCCCAGGCACCAUCGCCUCCUCAGAAGAACAGCGGUUGGAGCUGCAGCAGCAGCUGAGAGCUGCGACCGAGCGGCAGCGUGGGGACGUGGAGCGCCGCCCUGCCCCGGAGGACGAGGCGGAGCCGGCGAGGGGCGCGCACGCGGCGGCCCCGCCGAUCCAGGCCUUGAACCGCGGCUCGCGGGUCCGGCCCGUGGAGGCCGCCUUCCACUGCCGCCUGCGCCGGAACGCGUCGGUGGAGCGGCGCGCGCUGCACGAGCUCGGCGUCUACUACCUGCCCCAAGCCGAGGGAGCCUUCUACCGCGGUCUCGGCCUGAACCUGACCAGCGGCCAGUACACGGUGCCCGUCGCCGGCUUCUACGCGCUCGCCGCCACGCUGCACGUGGCCCUCCCGGAGCCGCGGAGGCCGGCGCCGCUGCGCCCCCGCGACCGCCUGCGCCUGCUCAUCUGCAUCCAGUCCCGGUGCCAGCAUAACGCCUCCCUGGAGACCGUCGUGGGCCUGCCGAGCGGCAGCGAGCUCUUCACCAUCUCCGUGAACGGCGUUCUGUACCUGAAGAGGCGGCAGUACACCUCCGUCUUCCUGGACAACGCCAGCGGCUCCCUCGUUACCGUGCGCAGCGGCUCCCAGUUCAGCGCCAUCUUCCUGGGCCUUUGA